GAUUCUUCUUCUUCACUCCUCUGUAGCUCGGCUUCUCAGCCAAGCAGAUAAAUAGGCCUUUUCUUUCUCUCUCAUUCUCACAUUUCAGGAUCCCUAAAUCUAGGGCUUUUUACUCUGAGGGAUCUUCCUUCGUCUUCAUCACAAUCAAGUGCUGUAAGAUGGAUGGUUCAUAUAGCUUUUGGCAAUUGGGAGAUGAGCUGCGAGGUCAGACAAAAGUUUCUGAGGAUCAUAAAUGGUUGUGGGCUGCAUCUAAACUGGCUGAGCAGACAAAAUCGAAGGGGGAACGUCUGAAUAAUCUUGAUUUUUCAAAGAGCUCUCUUGAUGCAAGGCCAAGGGAAAAGUUUGGUUUCCAGGAAGAUAACAAAUUUGAAAGCUUCAACUUCAACAUGUUGAGCUUGGAUUCGAAAAUGAAUGAUACUAUAAACAAAAGUUCAUUGAGGAAUGGAGUUUACAACAUGAGUGCUGUUUAUGGUAAAAACAAUACAAAUGUAGCAGGUAACCUGCCUGGCACCAAGUACAAUGGCAAUGACUAUGUCAACAAAGAUCUUACCAAUUACAGCAGUACCAACAAUAACGUUGGUGAAAAUGCUAACUCGGUUAAUGCAAUUGACAAAAGAUUCAAGACAUUGCCAGCGACAGAGACACUGCCCAGAAAUGAAGUACUGGGUGGAUACAUCUUUGUCUGUAACAAUGAUACCAUGCAGGAAGAUUUAAAGAGACAACUUUUCGGUUUGCCUCCUAGAUAUCGGGAUUCAGUGCGUGCAAUAACUCCAGGCUUGCCUCUGUUUCUCUAUAACUACACUACCCAUCAGUUACAUGGUAUUUUCGAGGCAGCAAGUUUUGGGGGUUCCAACAUUGAUCCAACUGCAUGGGAAGACAAGAAAUGUAAGGGCGAAUCCAGGUUUCCUGCUCAGGUUAGGAUUCGCAUUAGAAAGCUCUGCAGGGCAUUAGAAGAAGAUUCCUUCAGGCCAGUCUUGCACCACUACGAUGGUCCAAAAUUCCGUCUCGAACUAUCAAUCCCAGAGACAUUGGAUCUUCUAGACCUGUGUGAGCAGGCAGGUUCAGCAUCAUCAUCAUCAUCAUAAGCUAAGCAACAAUGGCGGGCUUAUGCAUCACAUAAAAAUGGGAAAUGGAGAGGGCUCAAUGGUUCCUGCUUCCUGUCAGCUAAGGCUAAGACAGAUUUUCCAAGGAGGCGCAAGCUUAGGAUAUGAGUCUGAUCAAGCGAGAGGCUGAAGCCAAAAUAAGUAAGGUAAAAAAAAAGUUGUAUUUUCUUCAUGUAUUGUUGUAUUGUAUCAUCAGACAAGGUGAGUAGAUGAUGUAAAAGUGAAUGAUAGAGCUCUUUUUAUAUA